AUGAAAAUAAAAAGGAAUUAGCAAAUUGCAAUUAUAUUUGCUAUUUUCAUCUUGACUGCUAUUUAGGCAGCAGAUGAUGUUGCAGAUGAUAAGGUUUAGUAAGCUAUAAAAAGUUAUUAAAAGUAAGUAGAUGGAGGUAUUUUAGAAUUCGAGUGGUGUGGUACAAAUGAAAUUUAUAACGAUGAAACUGACCGUGUUGUUGUUGAUUAAGAAGUUGAAGAAUCAUUCGAUACUCGUAUAUUUGUUCUUACAGAUGAAGGUUAAGUUUUUAAAAGUACAAACUAUGGUAAAAGUUGGGUCCAUGUCACUAAAUCCUUUUAUGGUUCAAAUAAUUAGCCAUUUUUCUCUACUGAAGUUUCCAUUUCUCCUGUUGAUGGUAAAACAGUCUAUAUUUGGGGACACAAGGAUACCAGCUAUGUUUCUGAGGAAUGUGGUAAGACUUGGAAAAAGUUAAACCAUCCUGCUGGUUUGUUUGAUUUUAGAUUUCACCGUAAAAAUAAAAAUUGGGUAUUAGCUUUCACUAAUAUAGAAUGUAAGAGAUUUGAUGAAGAUUGUGAAUCUAAUAUGAGAAAUCUUUACGUUUCUUAAGAUGCGGGUGUUACUUUCACAUUCUUAGCUACUAAAGUUUUAGAAGCUUCAUGGAAUAGAAUGAAUAACUUUUACAACGUUGACAGUCCUGGUAUUUUAAUGGCCGUUCAAUAAGAAUCAUAAAGUAAUGUAGUUUACACUGAAGACUUCGGUAAAACUAUGCACACAGUUUAAGAAGGUGGUGAUAAUUUCUUUUAAGCAGAGUACUUCCUCUUUUUAACAGUUAAGCCUAAAAACAGUAAAAGAACCUAUGAUAUGAAAAUCGCAACUAUGUUUGACGAUUUUAAUUACUAUGUUGAACCCAAAAGCUUAAAGCUUCCCUUUGAAAACACUGAUUAACUUUCGUUUACAAUUCUAAAGAGCGAUGGUGCCAUGGUUUUCCUUGCCAUACACCACGAAACUCAAAAUAUGUGGUAAAGCAAUAUCUAUGUUUCUGAUUGGAGAGGUUAUGAUUUGACUUUAGCUUUACUUUACAAUGUUAGAGCUCCAAACGGAGAUUGCGACUUUGAAAAGAUAGAAAGCAAUGAAGGUGUUUAUAUAGCAAAUACAUAUGAUGUUGAAAAAGUUGAAAAAUUAAGAAACGAAGUUAAAAAAAUGGAUAUCAGCACUGCAAAGAAUAAAUUAUAAACAAAAGAUAAAAAGAAUUUGCACAAAGAACUAACUAAUUAUAGGAAAUCAGUCAUUUCAUUUGACAGCGGUUCUAGUUGGCAUCCAAUUAGAGCUCCUUCAUAGAGAUGGAAUGGAAAGACUGUUGUUUGCAGUGGAGAAUGCAGUUUGCAUUUAGCUGGUAGAACAUAUUAUAAAAAAUCUUAGAUGUAUUCUUCCUCUAACGCUCCUGGUUUAAUUGUUGCAUUAGGAAGCAUUGGAACUCAUCUUGAAAACAACUUCAAUCUUCUUAACACAUAUCUUUCAAACGAUGGUGGUCACUAAUGGCGUGAAAUUCUUAAGGGUCCUCAUAUUUUUGAAAUUGGUGAUCAUGGUGGUAUCAUCGUAGCUGCUUCUGUUGCCAAUAAAACAAAUAUCAUCAAAUACAGUUGGGAUGAAGGAAAAACAUGGAGCGAAUAUAAAUUGAGUGCUUUACCAUUUGAAAUAGAUUAAAUAAUUACUGAGCCUAGCAAUAUGGAACAGAGAUUUGUUGUUUAUGGAAAAGGAAGAAAUGGAACAGAAACUUCUAUGAUUGUUUCUGUAGAUUUAUAAGAUUUGCACAUUAGAGGUUGUGUAGGAGCUGAACAUCCUAAUAGACCUAAUAGUGAUUAUGAAAUCUGGAUUCCUACUAAUUUUAAAGGUGAACAAUGUAUUUUCGGUCGUAAAGUUAAAUAUGUUAGAAGAAAGCCUGAUGCAAAAUGCUUUAAUUCUAUCACAACAGAUUAAAAAACAGUUAUUGAAGAAUGCCCAUGCACAUAAGAAGAUUGGGAAUGUGACUUCGGUUUCUACAGAAAAGAAAACGAAUUAGAAUGUAUUCCAAUGAAUGAGCAUUAUUCUCCUGAUAAUCUUGCUAAACCUCCUGCAGAUUGUAGUUGGUCUUACUUAGUCUCAAAGGGAUAUAGAAAAAUACCAGGAGUAUUUUGUUAAGGAGGUGUUGAUUUAAGUCCAGAAUAUAAAGAAUGUCCUCCAAAAAUAUCAGUGCCUAGAACUGAAGAAGAAACAGAUUAAUAUAAAAGCUUCAAAGAAGCAUAAAAAGAGAUUAUUAGCUAAUAUUAAUAGUAAUAGUAGUAAUCAAAUAGUUAAAAUGGAAAAACUGAUUCAUCAUCUUCAAUAAACUGGGGUGUUAUUUUUACAUAAAUUUUCUAUGCUGGAUUAAUUUUAACAGCUUUAGCUUUAGCUUUCAUAUUUAGAGAGAAUAUCAAAUAAGUAGUAAAAAGCAUUGGUGAAAUAGGACAUAAUAAAGAACGCAAAUAAUAUUAAUAACUCUAAUCAUCUUAGAAUAAAUAAUCAUCAUACACUUAAUAGAAAAAUACUCAAAAUGUCCGCAUUUAAGAAACUGAAGAAAGAAAUUAUGAUUUAGAAGAAUAAGACAUGCAUUAUCCAGAAGAUGAAAAGCCUGUCUUGUAAAGAGAUCAAGAAGAUUACUAUUAUUAAGAAGAUUACGAUUGA